GGACUGCUGUACGACUCUGUAAAGUCUGUGAGUCACUGCACAACCUAUCAAUCCAAUUAAAUGUCUUGAGCGAGCCGAGCAGGCGGUGCUGCCGCCGCCGCCGCUCGCCCAGCCGCGGCCGCCCCUUCUCGCAGCGCCCCUCUGAUCCAUGGCUGUCUGUACUUGUUACGGUGUAACCUCCUCCUCCGCCUCCUCCGCCUCCUCCUCAGGAGCCGCUGCAACUUCCCCUCAGCCAGCCUCCUCCUCUGCUUGGGGACUGCAAAGGCAUGGGAUAGACCUAGAGCCACUUCUGUCUCCCCUCCAGCCCUCGCUCAAUCUCCCCCCUUUAAAUUAAAGUCUGUUCCUCGCUCCUCGUCGUUUUAGGGAUUUAUUUGUCAGUCUUUUAUUUCCCCUGAUUUUAUUUUCCCUCCCUUGGGCAAGGGGGUCGCAGGGGCCGGUGGGUUUAUUUUAGGGAAGGGGCUCUCCCCCCUCCCCCCGUUUCUCCUUGUCCCUUUGCGGCCGUGACUUGAUUUUCCUGCCCCUCUCCGCUCCCACCCCUCGAACUCAGCGUCCUGCACUCGAGUGACGCAGCGACACCCUCCGCCCACAGCCCAGACGUCCCCUCCCUCGCUGCCACCCCGACCCGUCUCGGGGCUGGACCCGGUGCCGACUUCAGAGAAGGAUAUAUGUUGGGGAAAGGAGGAAAACGGAAGUUUGACGAGCAUGAAGAUGGGCUGGAAGGCAAAAUUGUGUCCCCCUCCGACGGUCCGUCCAAGGUGUCUUACACCUUACAGCGCCAGACUAUCUUCAACAUUUCCCUUAUGAAACUCUACAACCACAGGCCCCUCACAGAGCCCAGCUUGCAAAAGACCGUGCUCAUCAACAACAUGUUGAGGCGGAUCCAGGAGGAGCUGAAGCAGGAGGGCAGCCUGAGGCCCGCGUUCCCCGCCUCCUCGCCGCCCGCCGACCCGCUGGGCUCCAGCUACCGGGAGGCGCCGCCUGCCUUCAGCCACCCCGCGCCCGCGCCCUGCGAGCUGGGCGGCGCUGCGCCCCUGGAGGCCUGCCUCACCCCCGCCUCACUGCUCGAGGACGACCAGGACACGUUUUGCACUUCCCCGGCUGCGCAGCCUGCGGCCCCCGCCAGACUCACACCUCCUGCCCUCCCGCCGGAAAAGGACAGCUUCUCCUCCGCCCUGGACGAGAUCGAGGAGCUCUGUCCCACAUCUACCUCCACGGAGGCCGCGGAGGCCACCACCGACGACCCGAAAGGGGACUCCGGCGGGCCCGGCGCGCACAGACCCGAGGGGCUCCAGGACGGCCGGCCCGACGACCCGAAACUGAUGGACUCCCUGCCCGGCAACUUUGAGAUCACCACGUCCACGGGCUUCCUGACAGACUUGACCCUGGACGACAUCCUGUUUGCCGACAUUGACACGUCCAUGUACGACUUUGACCCCUGCACGUCCGCGUCGGGGACAUCCUCAAAAAUGUCCCCCGUGUCGGCCGACGACCUCCUCAAGACGCUGGCCCCCUACAGCAGCCAGCCCGUCGCCCCGAGCCAGCCUUUCAAGAUGGACCUCACGGAGCUGGACCACAUCAUGGAGGUGCUGGUCGGGUCCUGAGCCCCGGGGCCCGUCGCCUGCACCCCGCACCCCGACAGCUCUCCGCACUGUGCAUGUACCCUUGCUUGCCUUUUUCUGAGAAAAAGAACAUUCUACAAAAGGAUCACACUAGUUUUUGCUUUGAGCAGAGUUGGAGUGCCUUCAUCCAAGUAUGACCACUUUUAAUAUGCUUUUUUUGAGUGGUUCCUCAGAGACCUAGUCCCCAGGAAUAGGAAAGAAUACAUUUGAAGACAAUGUCGCUAUGUGGAAUGACAAAAAUAAACAGUUCAAGUGAAGCACAAGGAAUAAGUUGGAAAAGCUGUAAAUUGCAUGUGCAUAUUUGUCUAUUUUUUCUAUAAGUUUUAUUGCAAGAGGUAAAAAAAGAAAAUAUAUAUAUAUAUUAUUUAGAUAAUCUCAGUACCUUUUCCGGCAUUUUCGCCCUGUAUAGGUUGACUUGGCAAUUCAGCCUUUUUAGAGGCAUUAACUACUCCUCGUAAGUGUUGCAUUUACAUGGCUGUUUAGAAACUGCUGCCCAAAUUUAUUUUAUAUUUUUGUACAGAUUCCGCAGUUUAUGAUAUUGUUUUUCUAAAAACAAAUGCUGUUUAUACAUAUGAGAUAGCUAUUUUGAUAGGAUUUGCUCACAUAGUUCCUGCAAACUUCAGAUGUACAAGUUGCACUUGUACUUUUAUAGAGUUGUAAUGUUUUAUAUGUGUUUGGUGCAAAGAGAAAAUUGGAUCAAAUCAAUCCGCAGUUGAUGUCCCCAGAUGCGCACACACACACACACACACACACACACACACACACACAGCGCUUUAAGAAGGGCCAGGAGAUAUCACACCCAGAUUUCACAAGCACCGACCCCCUGGCAUGAACACCCGCCAGCACUGUGACUUCCAAAGCCAGAGCCACGUCUGCUCAUCAAACUUGCAUUAAGCAGUUGGCGGGAGGUGGCCAUGGAGCUCGGGGUUUAAGUGAUGGUUCUCUUUAGCUCUCUCUCUGGAGGGGAAGGCUACCAAGUACUCAUUGUAUUUAUGCCAAGUCUGUGCUUUUAAUUGUUUUUAUUUUUUUAAACAAAACCCCAGAUCUUUCCCUUUUGGGCAUAAUUUUUAUGAAGACCUGAAAUUUUACACACGAACAAAAUUUUAUGAAAAGCAACCGACCUCUUCAUGGAACUAAACCCUGUUGCGACGCUUAGGGCUCGUCAGGAAGGAACUCUCCCCCAGAAGGCAUCCAUCAUGUCGCUCUGUUGUCUUUUCCUGCUUCCCUUCCUUAGAGCUUUCUUUCCCUCUGUUGCUAAGUGCUGAAAAUGGCAUCUUCACGAUCACCUCAGUGAGCCCAGCUCUCCUCGGCCCAGCCUAGGAUGCACUCUUGUAACACGCAUGGCUCCUGAACCUGGAGUUGGUCCCAUUACGUCACGGCCUCCGAUCUGGAUGCUUUCUUAAAUCAACUGCUCUAACUACACUUUACAAGGCUGUUUUACCCAAAUACACAGAUAGGACUUUCUAUGCAUGUUCCCCUCCUCCCCCAUUGCCAUCCUCUCUCUGCCAGGAGAACUUGAGAACUAGCUUUUUAUUCCUAGCGGUGUACAUUUAAUUUUAAAACGUUUGCAAUGUAUCAUGCUUGUUGCCGUAAUUAUUAAUGGCCUUUCCGUUUCAGUUUUUUCUUUCUUCCAAUGGUACUUUAGCUGGUUACAACCUAUAUUGUUGAAAUGCAGGUGGCUUCUUUAGGAAUAACUUUUAUAUUUAUUUAAGAAUUUUUAAAUUAUGGGAUUUGUGUUGUUGUUGUUGUCUUUGUUGUCGGUCAUUUGUCAAUAUUCAGUCACCAAUUCUGCUCACUUCUUGCCAUGGAUAAAAUUGAGUCUUUCUGGCCAAUUAAAAAAGACAGCUUUAUAAAAUGGCACUUUAAACAAGCCAUAGAUAGUUUUAUUUUUAUAAUACACAUGGCAAAGCAAAUACAUUUUGAUGAAGGAACUGCUCAUCUAAGCAAAAGAUUCAUGUAUGAUAUGAUUAAAUCUUUCUACGUUCUGAUUUACUCCCCACCCCCGCCAACUUGAAUGUGUUUUUAAAGGCUAAUUAUCAACUCAGACGAGCAGUGAGAAACCGAUCAAACUGCACUGUUCUCCAGCAAGCACCCUCCACCGGACACCUCUUACUACUGCAGAUGUGUCAUUCCCUUUGAUAGGACCAGGGACCAUGUAGUUAAGGUGAGGGUUGUUGUAGAUGCUUCCGGUGUCACCGUGCCUGUCCGUUUGAAGGGCUUCCUUUUCCUGUAGAGAACAAGUCCGCCCAGACUCCAUGCUUCUGCUAACUCAAGGACCCGGCAGACUCUCCACAUGCCGCCCGCAUACACAUACGUGUACAUGCACAAUAGUGUUGAUUAUUCCGGACAAUAACAGGGUAAGGCGGCUGAUUUGCCAUUGUUAAAAACUGAUUGAUAGUAACUUAGAACAACUGUACUUCGGUUGGAUUAGCAAAUCGUGUGUUUAAACAAAUCCCAUAUGUUGGGCAGCAGUUCAAAUAAGCACAGCGAAGUGUUGCCCACACGUGGUUCUCUGACUCUCCCGCAUUUGUAAGGCUGGGCUUCAGGAUCAAAAACAAAAACCCCCAACAGCAGCACGCAAAUGCUUUUUAAUUCUCUGGACACCCUCACCGUAAAUUCUUGAUAUUCAAGGUCUAAUGAGGAAGACGUGGGGAAUUAGUGGCCCUUUUUCAAAAGAACAAAACCAUCAAGUGUUCCAGUUAUCUUUGUGUCUUAUUUUUACAAAGUGAUGUCCUGACAGGGAAGAACGUGAGCCUGUGUGUGAUCUCCAAGUCCCAGUUUGAGUGUGGGACGUGCUUCCAGAUGCCACCCGGCAGCAGUGCCUUCCCGUUUCUAAAGGACAUCCUGUGGCAUUCAGAGUCAGGCAGGCAGUUUGAGGUGCCUUUACGAGAGAGACAGAGAGACAUGCUGGCUGGGGCUGGGAGAGGACAAUUAUUGACAGUGAUGUGCAAUGAAGUGACAAGAUGAGAGCAGAAUAAUAAGAGCUUUGAAUUUGAAGUGAUUUUUUUUCAUAAGUUAUUUAUUCCUUUUUUUCUGUGUAAAUAUAUUUAUUUUACUGUGGCGCUCUAACAACAUCUGGAUCGUAACAUGUGCAGAAUGUAUGUAGGAAUUUAUUCUCCUGUAGGAAUGUCAAUCUGUAUUAAAAGGGGGUCCGAGCCAGACCCCUGGGUCUUCUCAUCGUAUGCACAGUCGACGUUCAUUUUUACUCUCUCCUCUAAUAUGGGUCGAUUUGAAAUAUGCAAAAGGUAUGGAUGAGGAAUGUUUUAAUACCUCCAAAUUUUUAAGAAAAUCAAGCAUCAAAGGGUUGAUAUUUUUUAAAGUUUUUUUAGUCGCACUUUCUCUCUUUAUGACAGAAGGGGCAGCCACACCGACGCCCUCGCUCACACCAAAGGGUGAGAACUAGCCAGAGCCGCCUCCACCGGAGUGUCUUUCUCAAUUGUGCUGUUUAUUGCCAUAGCCCCUUGGAGUGUCCCAGCUGCCCUGAGAUCGAUCAAGGAAAUUUCUUAAAUAAAUAAACUCCAAAGAGCCAAAGUGUCAACUUACGGAUCAUUUUUAAAGCUUAAAUUUAUUAACCACCUUUGUGGUAAACAAUGAAUUAUGAAUCGGCAGGGCAGCCUUCUCAAAUGACAGGUGCAAAAAAAAAAAAAAAAAAAAAAAGAGAGAGAGAGAGAGACUCUACUUUGUGCAGCGAUUGUUAUUCUCUGUAUGAAUUGUCUUAAUUUCAAAAUCUUGCUGUUACAAAUUGGACCUUUAUAUGCUUUCUGAAAAUAAUUGAAAAGAGCAUAUUUAACCUGUUUCGGCUGGAAGUGGUUAACUUCCAGUAACUGCCAAUGGCAGUGAGGUGUGUGCGUCCUGCUUCUGUACAGUUGUUUUCAGGGCUUCUAAGAAUGAGUCUAAAUGGUUCUUGAAAAUUAGCCAGGAUCAAAUGCUAUUGCAAACAAAGCCAAUAAAAAUUUUGGACGUCUUUUGGGGAUAACAAGUUUGGAAGGGAAGUUGGUCCAUACGAGCAAACAACCAAGAUUUGGAAAAGAUGUACAUAGUGACAUGUUUGGUGCAUGGUUUUUGAGGAGGGCUUUUGUCAAACAGGAGGUGUAACCUUUCCCCCACAGACCUGAGAGCUGUGCCUUUUCUAUGCAAUAUUACUAGACGUUACAUCGGAACCCAGAUGGUUGUAUUCACAUGUAGGUUUGGGCUGUAAUCUAAACAAUUGGACAGAUUAAAUGUACAUGGAAAUGAGCAGUCUUACUUUUGUAGUUUUAUAUUAUACAAUAAACAGUUAAAAGAUGA